AUGUCGCAUGAAGCCCUCAACCCCAUUCACCCCUCAGUUCUCCCUCAUUUGGACCCCGUGUUCGUUCGUCUCUACAAUGAGCACGUCGCAAACACCCCAGCAGGCCCAAUUGAUUUAUCCGUCCUGAGAUCGAAAUACUCUGUCCUGUACUCGUACGGCACAGGGCCCGCCCCCGACUGUGGGCGAAUCUAUGACAGCAAAGUCUCCGGCCACAAUGGUGAUUCGAUUGCCGUCCGCAUUUAUGAACCAGAUACACCCGGACCCUGGCCCGUACAUGUGGACUUCGACGGUGGAGGUUGGGGCCUAGGAGAUCUUGACACUGAAGCACACAUUUGCAAACAAAUUUGUGUCACGGCCAACGUCUGUGUGAUUGACGUGGACUAUCGACUAGUACCGGAGUACGCAUUCCCAAUCGGUAUUCAGGACUCGUUCGCAGCCUUGCAACAUAUCCACGCCAAGGGCGCUGAACAAUUCAAAAUCGACCCAACACGAAUGUCGCUAGGAGGUGUUUCGGCAGGAGGUAACAUCGCCCUGGUGUGCGCUCAUCUUGCCCGUGAUGCCAAAAUCCCUCUUCGGCUGGUGGCCGUGGGAACCCCCACGAUUGAUGACAUUUCAAGGUACAAGUCCGCAUCCGAGGCACCAUGGCCAUCCAUGCAAGCCAUGGAACAUGCACCAACUCUGAAUUGGGCCCGUCUGAAGUGGUUUGAUAAUCUUAAGUGGCAGAGUAUCGCUGCCGACAGUCCGACAAAGGAUGCCCAAAUGGCUGCCGUGAAGUGGUAUGCCAAUGCGCUGCAGGCCCCAGAAUUUACCAAUCUGGCCAAAACAGUCAUUUACACGGCAGGUUGUGACCCUCUGCGGGAUGAGGGUGAGGCCUAUGCUCGGAAGUUGAUAGAAGGUGGGAACGAGGUGAUUCAGAAGCGGUUUGCCGGCGUCCCACACCCCUUCAUGCAUAUGGAUGAAUGUGGGUACUCAGAGCUACUAGCGACAUGGAUGCCACUAACCCUGCUUCUAGACCUGUGGCAAGCAAAGCAAUACAUCAACUUGACAGCUGAGCAUAUCAAAGCUACUUUGCAUCGAUGA